UAAACCCCACACUCUAUAAUAUAUGGCUCAUAGUCAUGCUACAUGACAUGCGCCAAGUAGACUAGCCUUGUCCAGCCUAUCUUCUCCAAUCUCCAUCCACACGUGCCAAAACCAAAAACCCAAAAAAGAAAAGAAAAAAAAAUUCCAACUCCGGAUACCACCACGAUAUGGCGUCCGCCUCCGCCGGGGGCUCAGCCAAACAGCCCUCCCCUGGGAGACACCCAAUGUAUAGGGGAAUCAGGAGUCGGAGUGGCAAAUGGGUGUCUGAGAUCAGGGAGCCACGUAAGACUACGCGGAUAUGGCUUGGGACGUUUCCGACCGCUGAGAUGGCCGCUGCUGCCUAUGAUGUUGCCGCCUUAGCCUUAAAAGGGACAGAGGCGGUUCUCAACUUCCCGGACUUUGUUCACUCGUACCCGGUUCCAGCAUCAGGGUCACCAUCAGAUAUUCGUAGUGCAGCAGCUGCUGCUGCUGCGUUGAAGAAAGCGCAGACAGACGAUGGCUCUGCAGCACACAGCAGGCGUGAAGAUGAUGGGAGGUUCGAUGUUCAUACUAAUACUAAUGCUACGUCCGAGGGAGAAUUUGUGGACGAGGAGGCAUUAUUUGAUAUGCCUAAUUUGCUGGUGGAUAUGGCGGAGGGAAUGCUGGUGACUCCGCCAAGAAUAAACGUGCCAUCCUCUCCCUACACGCCGGAGAAUUAUGAUGGAGAUAGUCUGUGGAGCUAUUUUUAACAAAGCUCUCCUUAAUCACCCAAUCACAAAAAACUACCAAAAAGAAAAAAGAAAAAAAUAUGAAACACAAACCAUAGAAAUACAACUAGCUUGGAGCCGGCAGCAUGUACUAAUGCUAUGUCAGUGAAUCAUGCAUUGUGAUUUUUGAAAGCAAAAGAAGGGGUAAAAACAAGAAAGAAGAUGAUAGCUAGGGUUUUGGUAGAGUUUCUUUUUUUCCCAACAUGUUGGGUUUUGAAAACCUAUGAGUGCAUGAACAAGGUUGCAGCUAGCGUUGUAGAAUUUUGCCAUGUAUGCUUAAGGGGUUUUUAUUUUUUUUUCCCUAUUUUUACUGAAUGUAAUGUACUCUUGAUUUUCUCUUC